UUGCAAGUUGACUAAGCAUUGCAUCACCCUUCAAUUUUAAACAAAGACCAUGCGGGCAAAUAUGUAAAUUACAAUAUGUUAUAUAUAUUUGACAGAAAUAGGCUAAUAUAUCUGGACUCUGAGCCAGUGCGGCGAAAGGAGUUUACAUUCACAUCGCUUGGAUUGAGCAUAUGGGGGCUAAAUGUUAAAGCAAUUGCCACCUAUCCAACAAUUUCAUUAGAUAACGAAUCUCCUAUCCUGCACCCCCAGGGAAAGACUGUGGCUGAAUGUUACUCUGGGCGUGCGUGUGAAGAUAUUGUUCUUACUGGCGGUGUCAGGGACCGUCUCUUUCUGUCUGCCCUUCAAAGCGUGCCCUCCAUAACCAGUCGUGAUGCAGACCAUAAAACCUGGGUCAGUCUCUACGAUGGGAAUCAGUUCUACACAGGCGUGUAUAAUGCAGAGAAGUCUGUGUGGGUGAACUUCUUCUGGGUGCUGAGCGUGGCGGUGGUGUUUGUCCAGGAACAUCAGGGGUCAGGGUCAGAAUGGAGCACGUCUGAAACAGAACCCUUCUUCCACCGACCUGUCUGACCCCACUGACCUAACCUAUAGCCCGAUGGGUGCCAUUAUGUGUCUUUGGAUCCAGUUCCCUGCAUGCAAGAACCUAUUAUUGGCCCAAGAUCAAAUAACAGGGGCUUGUAAAACAGGAUGUUUUGGUCAUCAAUGGGGCAACCUAACUCCGUGUUUUCACUAUGGAAUAGUGGGAAGUACAAUUAACUUUGGAAGUAACCUCUUCCAUUUUUGUAUACUUAAAUCAAUUAGUUACACAAUUCAGUCCCUUCCUGAUAUAUAGGAUGACCUGUUUAAUUUAUACUGUACUGAUAUGUACAUCUGUGAAAGACAAAACAUUUCCUGUGAAGUGUAUCUUCUACACAUAUAUAUAUACAGUGGGGGGAAAAAAGUAUUUGAUCCCCUGCUGAUUUUGUACGUUUGCCCACUGAUAAAGAAAGGAUCAG